CUCUAAUAUAAAGGCCACCUCUUUCUAUGAUUAAAAAAGAAAAAGAAAAAAAGGCCAUCUCUUUCUACUGCAUACAUAGUUAAUAGCUCUUCACACUCUGUCACUUUGCAGGUACACGAUAGCAAUAAUCUCUUUGCAGUGUGAUCACAAGUGGUUGUGUACUGCCAGCUUGAUCUGAUAGAUGAUGGGUGUGGUGGGAAAUUGGUACUAUUGGGUAUGAAAAUAUUCAAGAGCUCUUGCUUUGAGUCCUCCAUCGCAGCUCCACCAUUGCUGAUCGGAGAGCUGAAAGAUGGACAGGACCCGAUUGGAUGUAAGAUUUCAUCACUCAGGAUCAACACAAUCAGAGGAAUCAGCUUUAGAUUUGGAAAGGAAUUACUGCAAUCAUUCUAAUUUUCCUUUGUCAUGUCCAUCACCCCUUCAACCUUUUGCCUCAGGUGGUCAGCACUCUGAGAGCAAUGCUGCCUACUUCUCAUGGCCUACUUCAAGUCGAUUAAAUGAUGCGGCAGAAGAUCGGGCAAACUACUUUGGAAACCUUCAAAAGGGGGUGCUGCCUGAAACUCUGGGGCGGUUGCCAACAGGGCAGCAAGCUACUACCUUACUUGAGCUGAUGACCAUUAGGGCAUUUCAUAGCAAGAUCUUGCGGCGGUUUAGUCUUGGUACAGCAAUUGGGUUUCGAAUUCGAAAGGGCAUGCUCACAGAUAUUCCAGCUAUUCUUGUCUUUGUUGCCCGUAAAGUUCACAGGAAAUGGCUCACCCACAUCCAGUGUCUACCAGCUGCCCUUGAGGGGCCUGGAGGUGUAUGGUGUGAUGUGGAUGUUGUGGAAUUCUCCUAUUUUGGUGCACCUGCUCCAACUCCCAAAGAACAACUAUAUACAGAGCUCAUAGAUGGCUUGACAGGAAGUGAUCCAUGUAUUGGCUCUGGCUCCCAGGUGGCAAGCCAAGGGACAUAUGGAACCUUGGGCGCUAUUGUAAAAAGCCGAACAGGAAAUAGACAGGUUGGUUUUCUCACAAAUCGGCAUGUGGCAGUUGAUUUGGACUACCCAAAUCAGAAAAUGUUUCAUCCGUUGCCACCCAACCUUGGACCUGGGGUGUAUCUUGGUGCUGUGGAGAGGGCAACAUCAUUUAUCACAGAUGAUCUUUGGUAUGGCAUCUUUGCUGGAACAAAUCCAGAAACAUUUGUACGAGCUGAUGGUGCCUUCAUUGCUUUUACGGAAGAUUUUAAUAUGCACAACGUGACUACAACUGUAAAAGGUGUGGGUCAGAUAGGUGAUGUCAACAUCAUAGAUUUGCAGUCUCCCAUUAACAGUCUCAUUGGAAGGCAAGUGGUCAAAGUUGGAAGAAGUUCUGGGUUGACUACUGGGACCAUAACAGCCUAUGCCCUAGAGUAUAAUGAUGAGAAAGGGAUUUGUUUCUUCACUGAUUUUCUUGUUGUUGGUGAGAAUCAGCAGACAUUUGACCUUGAAGGUGAUAGUGGAAGCCUCAUUCUCCUAACUGGUCAGAAUGGGGAGAAGCCACGACCUGUCGGGAUUAUUUGGGGAGGGACUGCUAAUCGAGGUCGGCUGAAACUAAAAGUUGGACAACCUCCAGAAAAUUGGACUAGUGGAGUUGAUCUUGGACGCCUUCUUGACCUCCUUGAACUUGAUCUCAUCACAACCAGUGAAGGGCUUCAAGCUGCAGUGCAAGAGCAGAUGAAUGUUUCAGCAGCGGGAAAUGAUUCUACAGUUGGGGAGUCAUCUCCAGCUGAGAGGGUGCCAUUAAAAGAUAAAUUUGAAGAGAAUUUUGAGCCACUUGGUUUGAAGGUCCAGCACGUUGUUCAAGUUGAAGGCGAGUCCUGUCAGGGCCGGAAUCCACCAUUCAUCCACACCGAGUUUCAUAUAGAAAAUGGGAUUGACAAAACUCCAAAUGUAGAACACCAGUUCAUUCCAAGUUUUGCUGCCAGAUCUCCAGUUCAUCAAAGCAAUCCAGAGAAACUUGCAGAAUCUAAAAGUCUCUCAGCAUUGAGGAAUGGCUCUGAUGAAGAGGUUUUUGUUUCUUUGCAGUUAGGUGAGCCGGAAUCAAAGAGAAGAAAGCACUGCAAUUCUACAUUUAACAUCGAAGAACCAAAAUGAAGCAAGGACAAGAAAAUUGACUCGGCUUACUUGGAGGGACAUAAUUGUUCCUCAAUUUUGGCUUCAUGUUGCUAGGCCUUAAAAUUCCAAAUUGCAAGUUUCUUUUAAGUGUCAAAUUGCUACAAAAAUAUCAGGUUCCUGCCUCCUCUCAGAUCAAAUACAUUCUUUUUAGCAUGUUUUGGUCGAGGUUACAACUAUAGGUUACAUAUGUGGGUCAUACGUAGAGAAAUGUGUAGGUGGUACUUGUGUUUAAUUUUUCUUUCAUAUCAUUUGGUUAAGUCAUUGUACCAUAAGCACUCCUGAAGUGGGAGUAUGAAGAUACUGGCAGUUAAGAAUGUAAAAUGUUAUUUUUAGCGAGCCACCUUGGUUAUUUAGCACCAAAUAGAAGUCUCUCUUUUCUUCUUUUUCUUUUUUUCUUUUUUAAGUAAAGCAUUGUGUAUAUGUAUUUCUACUCUACUAUUAAAUGAAGCAAACUCUUAUAAUGA